UCUCGUUCACUCUUCUGUCCUUGGCUCACUCUGUUGGUUCCGCUCUGCCGGUGAGAGCAGGCGCUGUAAAAAGAGAUCUUUAGACCCAGCUGUGUUCCUCUUAACUAGACGGCGAGGCAGAAGGCCAAGGGCCAUUGCUUGAGUCUAGACCGCACCAGGAAGGGAGAAGCUUCGCAAGCUCCGUCCGUCAUGGAGAACGAAAAGAGCUCGAGCCAGUUGGAGACAGCAGAUGCUGUGGAGGGAGAGAAGGUGGAGAGCUACCAGCCAGAGACCGGCACGCUCCCUGAAAAGAUGAAGAAAGGGAAGACGAAGAAGAAGCUGGAGCCGAGGAAGGCCCUCAGUCAGGACGGAGCUCAGCUGGAGCUCCAGCACCAGAGCAAGAGCUUGAGCAGGCUGCCCCUGUCCAGGUCUCUCACAGUUGGAGGAGAAAGGCCUUUGGAGAGGAACGACAGCAUCAACUCAAACAGUAGCUUUAUCAAGCACAACAAAACAUUCCACAAACUCUUUCCCGAUAUCCCUGAGAGCGAAGACUUGCUACAUGCCUACAUCUGUGCCCUGCAGAGAGAGGUGCCUUACCACGGUCGUCUCUACAUCACAGACAAUAACGUCUGCUUUCACUCCUCUGUGCUCCUCAAGGCCACCAAGGUGGUGAUACCUGUGUGCGCUAUCCAUGUGGUGAAGAAGCAGAACACAGCGCUGCUGGUGCCAAACGCCCUGUCCAUACGCACCAGCGUGGGAGAGAAGUAUUUGUUUGUGUCCUUGCGGAACCGCGAGGGCUGCUACAAGCUGCUGCGGUCAGUCUGCCUCCAGUUAGAGGACGGCACCGCCAACAGCCGUCCACUCUUCUCUUCCCCUGAGCACAGCUUAGAUCACAGCAAACUGGAGAACUCCAGCCAGUCCAGUUUAACCGAUGCCUAUGAAGAGCUGGAUGGUGCAGAUUCAGACCUGGUGCUACAGCCCCCUCCUACUAGAGUGAACAGAAGUAGAGUAUCGAAUGGAAGUCCUUCCAGCUUGAGAGUUCCUCACAGAGAACAAGAUGAGAGUUUCACAGAGGAGUACCCAGGGACGUCAUGGGUGUGGAGUGUGACUGACAGGGCCAGAUCAGUCCUCAUUCAGAGAGAAGCCACCAGCUUCAACACACUCCUGCUUAUCUACUUAAUGCUGGUGGUGCUGCUCCUCUUGUCCUCUGGUUACAUCGGCCUGCGUAUCGUGGCUCUGGAGGAGCAGCUGACCUCUCUAGGAGCUCUGCCUGAAUUCACUCUACAUAGCAGGUACAAGGACACGUAACCAAGCAAAGGAAAGGAGAGAUGUGUUGUCUGAUGACCUCGAGGAGGAAAGAUGAUUCCUGCCGACGUACCAAAAAAAUCAACUCUGAAGUCCACAUUUCAACAUCUAUGAAGUCCCACUAGACCCCAAAGUGCUGUGAUAGGCAGACCUGUUUAUUUGUGGGCUCUCAUCGUCAUUGUCGAAUUCCAAGGAGAAAACCAGAGAUAACCAAAGGGCUCCAGUGAAAAUCGGGCCUCGGCGUGUCACCUGAGGCUGUUGCUGCUGUGCUUUUCCGCCGGCUGAGCUAAAGUCAGCGACUCUGAACGGGGGAAAAGCAGAGGACAGAGCUGAGCAGUUUCCUUGAAACCGUGCUGUUCAUCACUGUUUUCUGUUCUUGGAGUUUUGUCUUUGCAGACAUGAUGGAGAUUAUUUACUGGUUCCACUCAAAGUUCUACACUUUGCUUUACGCGUUUAGAUUCUUCUGCCUCGUCGCCACAACCGUUUAAUUCGUUUCCCGCUUUCUGUCUUGGUUUCCUUAAUUGAUCUGAACCUUUCAGGUAGUAAAACUAUCCGAAAAGCGACACAAUCACUUAAGCUCCUUUCGCGAAGAUGAUUUUUCUCUCUUUUUCAAAUCAAAGGGUUGCAGUAUUACUCCUUGCUUUGACAUGAUUAAAAAAAUCUUUUUUUAAGGAUCAUUGCUUGGUGACGAGCCCUUUAGUCCUUUUUGUAUUACUGGAUGCAUCUAUGCACAAAAAAAGUACGAUCAGGUUUUUGAGAAAAGUUUUAUAGACUUUUUUUUUUUGUUCUAUGUGUCUUUUAUACUUUGGUCUGCUUUGGUCAAAGUAGUUUGACAUGAUGCCUAAUCAGAUGAACUGUUUAAAAAAAAAAGGAUGGUUGUAAAAGAUCUGAUGAUGAUGUCUUAUUCUCACCCAGAGGCACUGAAACAGCUCUCUAUGCAGCCCAAAUGGGACUUUUUUUUUUUUCAGAUUUAUUGCAAAAAACCAACAAUGUUCACCAUUUCUGGUGUGCUUGCAUGUCGGUACCACCCGGAAAAAGCAGGUCUAUUGCGGAGGUACUGAAAGACCCCUAAGCAGUCAAAAAAAAAAAAAGAAAAACAAAGACAAAUACUUGAUUCAUAUUUCAAGGACGGAAAAAAACGUCAUGGUCCAAAAUGUGCAUGAGUAAUUUGUGUGUUUGUGAGCGUGUUCGGUCCUUAUGGAGAAUGUGUUGAAAACUGAGUGUCUUGUAAUGCUUCAAGUGAAUCAGUGCACUUUAAUGUGUGAAGCAGUGGUCAUUAAAUCUGGUCCUGGGGGGCUGGAGUCCAGCACGGUUUCACGAUUUAUUAUCUCCUCAAACCUCAGAGAUCAGUCACUAGGAAAACUGCAGAAUCCAGCCCUCCAGGACUGGAAGUAACGACCACAGGUGUACGAAGGCAUCAUACUGUCCAGUGAGGAGGAGAGGGCGAUACUGGUAUUGGUUUAUUCAAGCUCCGCCCACUAAUACGUUGUUUCAUAGCAACUGUUGCGAGGUGGGAGAAACUUUCAGGCUUUUUAGUACUUUGGAAAAACUUACGUUGUCUAAUGACUGUUUUUGUAAAUUUCAUGUUGAAAUUAUACAUAAAAAUUAUGUAAUUAAAAAAAAUAUAUAUAUAUAUACAUAUAAUCUGUAGGUUAUAUGAUGUUUAAUUAAUUUAAUGUCAUCUAGAAUGCAUUGCCUGUUUUCCGACAACAGUCCAGUUCGCUGGCAUUUAUUAUUUUGUAAUAAUCUGAUUCGAAUACCUUCUUGAAUAAUGCAUUUGUGGGCGGAGCAUGGCUAGGUCAAUUGUCAUUCAUUCUGGAGUGUUAAGAUGGUGCUAAAGAGCCUUUUACUCAGGGCUGGGAGUUCACGAGCAUGAGCUCCUAAAGCAUCUCGCACUAAAGACCCUGUUCAUCAAUGGUGGUUGGUGUAUGUUAUACCCCUGCCUUCCAUUCAGCAGACCGGGGUUCAGUUCCCCGCUCAGGCAGGCCUGCUGCAGAGUCCUUGGGCUAGACUCCCAACUCCCCGAGAUGCUUUCGGAGCUUCUGCUCUCAGCUCUUCUGCUGCUCCUUUUCUAUUUCAACAUUUGGAGUCUUCGAGUGCAUUGAGAUGCCAACAUUUUUGAACUCCAGAUGAGUUUAAUAACUAUUAAUAACUACCAUGCCUGUGCACCACCUGGGCGAAUAUGUGUGUUCCCAAUGAGGCAGGUCCGUGUUGAAUAUCCCGAUGAACUGUGUCACAGUCUUCAGGACAGGCCAGAUUUUCUGAUUCAGAUAUGCUUGAAAUUUUUUUUUGAGCGAAAGUGCUCCGUCAGACUUCUCUGUUGGUACUAUUGCACAUGGACAGUAUCAGAAAAACAUCUGAAUAUAAGUACCGGAGCACCUUCAUAGUCAUAGUUAUCUUUAAGUAACCACAAUGCAAGAAUCCAAACCGACUGUAUCAUUUCUGUUUAUUUUGCACUGUUGAAAGUGUUGUAAAUAAUAUUUUGUAUUGAUUUUUGUCUUCAACGAGUCCCCUUUGCUCUAUUUAUUGCAUUGUGUGUAAUUCAAAGUGGUCUCUGUGAGACCGGCUUUGACCCUGAAUAAAUCAAAUGAUGGGGAAAAGUA